AUGCCGGUGAUUCAGAUCUCGGAUGUACACGUCAGCACCGAAUUACAGUGUGCCGUUUUCAUAGAAGCGUUCGAUAUCGGAGAUGACGCUCGUGAGAUGCCGUGUAAGCACAUCUAUCAUUCCGAUUGCAUUCUCCCGUGGCUAAAUGUUCGAAACUCGUGUCCUGUUUGCCGUUACGAACUCUCAACAGAUUCAACACAUUUUUCAACAGACUCAACAGAUUAUUUAACAAAUUCGAACAAUCUAGAAGAAAACGAAGAAUUAUCAUCGUCAUUAACAAUAUGGAGGGUACCUGACGGUGGAUUUGCAGUAGGAAGGUUCGACGGGCGGAGAGAGAUUCUGGUUGUGUACACGGAAAUGGACGGUGUAUCUAGUAACGGUUUAGGUUCGCGGAGGAGGAUUGUGUGGCGAUCUGGAAGAAAUAGAGGAGGAGGUGGUAGAAUUGGAGGAGUUUUUCGUAAUAUAUUCUCUUUUCUCCGGCGAAGAAGGUCGGAUUCUGAUUCGAAUGGUGGAUUGGUGAAUAGAAGAUCCGGUUCGGUGUUUAGUGGAAUGAGAAGGUGA